UCCGCAGUGCAACUCCCUCUGGCUCCUGUUGCUCCUCUGACCGUGCGGACCUGCCGCUACCCGGCUGCCGUCUUGAUUUCCUGGAAAAGCCCGGCUCCUUUGGUCUGUGAUGGAGCAGCGAGUCACCACAGGACUUCUGUCUUCUCUGCAGAAGUCUUCCUCGCCUCGCCAACCCAUCACCCGUCCUCAGACGCGCUUGUGUGGCUUUGCAGUGUGUACCCCCGCCUGGGAGUUCAGUCCAGGGCCCUCACAGGAAGCUCAGCCAUGCGUUCCCCACCAGCUCGCAGGGGCCACCUGCUGAUCCAGGCACCAGUUGCAUCGGUGGUGGGCCUGGCUGCUUUCCUGGGCGCCCGUCCAUGCCGUCUCAGCCCUCGCUCUGGAACGUGUCAGGACUCACAGGCGACAGGCCCCGCAGGACCAGCCUCUUCGAUAUCUUCCUCGUCUGGUGCUCCCCGAUGGCUCGGGGCCCUCGCCCCUUCCAGGUUCUCGCUGCCAGCUUCUCGCGGGCGCGGUUAGGAGCACAGUCCGUGGACGGUGGUAUGGCCUCACAUGUGCAAGUUUUCUCCCCUCACACCCUUCAAUCAAGUGCCUUCUGUAGUGUGAAGAAAUUGAAAGUAGAGCCGAGUUCCAACUGGGACAUGACUGGGUACGGCUCCCACAGCAAAGUGUAUAGCCAGAGCAAGAACGUGCCACCUUCUCAGCCAGCCACCACAACCGUCAGCACCUCCUUGCCCAUCCCGAACCCAAGCCUACCUUACGAGCAGACCAUCAUCUUCCCAGGAAGCACCGGGCACAUAGUGGUCACAUCAGCAAGCAGCACUUCUGUCACUGGGCAAGUCCUCGGCGGACCACAUAACCUAAUGCGUCGAAGCACUGUGAGCCUCCUGGACACCUACCAAAAAUGCGGACUCAAGCGCAAGAGUGAGGAGAUUGAGAACACAAGCAGCGUGCAGAUCAUCGAAGAGCAUCCACCCAUGAUUCAGAAUAAUGCCAGCGGGGCCACUGUAGCCACUGCCACCACUUCGACUGCCACCUCCAAAAACAGUGGCUCCAACAGUGAAGGCGACUAUCAGCUGGUCCAGCAUGAGGUGCUGUGCUCCAUGACCAACACGUACGAAGUGUUAGAGUUCCUGGGCCGAGGGACGUUUGGGCAAGUGGUCAAGUGCUGGAAAAGGGGCACCAAUGAAAUUGUGGCCAUCAAGAUCCUGAAGAACCACCCGUCCUAUGCCCGGCAGGGUCAGAUCGAAGUGAGCAUCCUGGCCCGCCUGAGCACAGAGAGCGCUGACGACUACAACUUUGUCCGGGCCUACGAGUGCUUCCAGCACAAGAAUCACACGUGCUUGGUCUUUGAGAUGCUGGAGCAGAACCUCUAUGACUUUCUGAAGCAGAACAAGUUUAGUCCCUUGCCCCUCAAGUACAUUCGCCCAGUCCUCCAGCAGGUGGCCACAGCCCUGAUGAAGCUGAAGAGCCUGGGUCUUAUCCAUGCAGACCUCAAACCGGAAAACAUCAUGCUGGUGGAUCCGUCCAGACAACCAUACCGAGUGAAGGUCAUCGACUUUGGGUCAGCCAGUCACGUGUCCAAGGCUGUGUGUUCCACCUACUUGCAGUCCAGAUACUACAGGGCCCCUGAGAUCAUCCUUGGUUUACCAUUCUGUGAAGCGAUUGACAUGUGGUCCCUGGGCUGCGUCAUCGCGGAGCUGUUCCUGGGCUGGCCGCUCUACCCAGGCGCCUCAGAGUACGACCAGAUUCGGUAUAUUUCACAAACACAGGGUUUGCCAGCUGAAUAUUUAUUAAGCGCAGGGACAAAGACAACUAGGUUUUUCAACCGUGACACGGACUCGCCGUAUCCUUUGUGGAGGCUGAAGACACCAGAUGACCAUGAAGCAGAGACGGGGAUUAAGUCAAAAGAAGCAAGAAAGUACAUUUUCAACUGUUUAGAUGACAUGGCCCAGGUGAACAUGACCACAGACUUGGAAGGGAGUGACAUGCUGGUGGAAAAGGCAGACCGGCGGGAGUUCAUCGACCUGUUAAAGAAGAUGCUGACCAUCGAUGCUGAUAAGAGAAUCACUCCGAUUGAAACCCUGAACCACCCCUUUGUCACCAUGACACACUUACUCGACUUUCCCCAUAGCACACACGUCAAAUCAUGUUUCCAGAACAUGGAGAUUUGCAAGCGUCGGGUGAAUAUGUAUGACACCGUGAACCAGAGCAAAACCCCUUUCAUCACUCACGUGGCCCCCAGCACAUCCACCAACCUGACCAUGACCUUCAACAACCAGCUGAACACUGUCCACAACCAGGCUCCCACCUCCACCAGUGCCACUAUUUCCUUAGCCAAUCCCGAGGUCUCCAUACUAAACUACCAAUCUGCACUCUACCAGCCCUCAGCGGCAUCCAUGGCUGCGGUGGCCCAGCGGAGCAUGCCCCUGCAGGCGGGAACAGCCCAGAUUUGUGCCCGGCCGGACCCCUUCCAGCAAGCUCUCAUCGUGUGUCCUCCUGGCUUCCAAGGGCUGCAGGCCUCUCCCUCGAAGCAUGCUGGCUAUUCCGUGCGAAUGGAAAAUGCUGUUCCCAUCGUCACUCAAGCCCCAGGAGCUCAGCCUCUUCAGAUCCAACCAGGUCUGCUUGCCCAGCAGGCCUGGCCAAGUGGGACCCAGCAGAUCCUGCUUCCCCCGGCGUGGCAGCAGCUGACUGGAGUGGCCACCCACACAUCAGUGCAGCAUGCGACUGUGAUUCCUGAGACCAUGGCAGGCACCCAGCAGCUGGCCGACUGGAGGAACACGCACGCUCACGGCAGCCAUUACAAUCCCAUCAUGCAGCAGCCCACGCUCUUGACUGGUCAUGUGACCCUCCCAGCAGCCCAGCCCUUAAAUGUGGGCGUGGCCCACGUGAUGCGGCAGCAGCCAACCAGCACCACCUCCUCCCGGAAGAGCAAGCAGCACCAGUCGUCUGCGAGAAACGUCUCCACCUGUGAGGUGUCCUCCUCUCAGGCCCUCGGCUCCCCUCAGCGGCCCAAGCGCGUCAAGGAGAACACGCCGCCCCGCUGCGCCCUGGUGCACAGCAGCCCGGCCUGCGGCUCCUCUGUCACAUGCGGCUGGGGCGACGGCGCCUCCAGCACCGCCAGGGAGAGGCAGCGGCAGACCAUUGUCAUUCCAGACACCCCCAGCCCCACGGUCAGCGUCAUCACCAUCAGCAGCGACACGGACGAGGAGGAGGAACAGAAGCACGCUCCCACCAGCACUGUCUCCAAGCAGAGGAAAAACGUCAUCAGCUGUGUCACGGUCCACGACUCUCCGUACUCCGACUCCUCCAGCAACACCAGCCCCUACUCCGUGCAGCACCGCACCGGGCACAACACCAACGCCUUCGACACCAAGGGGAGCCUGGAGAGCCACUGCACUGGGAACCCCCGGACCAUCAUCGUGCCCCCCCUGAAGACCCAGGCCAGCGACGUGCUGGUGGAAUGUGACAGCCUGGUGCCAGUCAACACCAGUCACCACUCGUCCUCCUACAAGUCCAAGUCCUCCAGCAAUGUGACCUCCACCAGCGGCCACUCUUCAGGGAGCUCGUCAGGAGCCGUCGCCUUCCGGCAGCAGCGGCCGGGGCCACAUUUCCAGCAGCAGCAGCCGCUCAACCUCAGCCAGCCCCCAGUGCAGCCCUCUCCUGGUGCUUCUCCUUGUCCAGGCUCAGCAGCACAUCACUGCAGACCGCACCGGGAGCCACCGCCGGCAGCAGGCCUACAUCACUCCCACGAUGGCCCAGGCUCCGUACUCCUUCCCGCACAACAGCCCCAGCCACGGCACUGUGCACCCCCACCUGGCUGCCGCCGCUGCUGCCCACCUCCCUACCCAGCCCCACCUCUACACCUACACGGCGCCCGCGGCCCUGGGCUCCACCGGCACCGUGGCCCACCUGGUGGCCUCCCAAGGCUCGGCACGCCACACCGUGCAGCACACUGCCUACCCGGCCAGCAUCGUCCACCAGGUCCCCGUGAGCAUGGGCCCCCGGGUCCUGCCCUCGCCCACCAUCCACCCGAGUCAGUAUCCAGCCCAGUUUGCCCACCAGACCUACAUCAGCGCCUCUCCAGCCUCCACCGUCUACACUGGAUACCCACUGAGCCCUGCCAAGGUCAACCAGUACCCAUACAUAUAGACACUGGGAGGGGGCACGGGCGAGGGCGGAGCUGGGCGUCUGGCACUGAAGACGCCGCACAGCAGCAGUACAAGGGGCGGGGCGGGGACACUGCUGACACUUGAACUAGGAAGUGGGAGGACUGAGCAGAGAAGAGAACAUUUUUAAAAAGAAGGGAUUCAGGAGGGGAUCUAUGCUUUUUAUUUUAAAAAGAAAAAGAAAAAAAAGAAAACGUCGGUAACAAAAACACAGCUCAUGAACCCAUUCUGCACCAAACUGGAAAGGAGAAGAGAGAGCGAUGGAAGAUUCCGGAAGGGGGGCCAGUUUCUGAAGAACUUGAUCUAUGAACUUUUCAGAGGUUAUUUUCAUAUGGCAGCAAGUGACAUUUAAGAAUUUGCUGUCAGGGACACCUGAUAUGGAAAUCCAAUAGGUUUUUCAUGGUUGAACAUGAGAAUUAGGGAUUUUUCCAGAACUCUAAAGGGUCAACAGCCCUUGAGGUCAGGCCGCUGUGGCCUGAUGUGGGGGGCUGGGCUGUUCAGGCUCCUUUGGGGGGAAGGGGGUGGCCAGGCCCAGGAAGCCCUCCCCCGAGGGCACGUGUUCUCUUUCCGAGCACUCUGGAUAAAUCCCUAAGAAAGUUACUCCUCAAAUGUCAUUCAUAAUGUUUGUUCCAAACUUUAGUUUUUUCUUUCUGAAGAUUUAUUUUCUCUUUGAAUCAAUCCCUAGUCGCAUAGCAGGGCUGGCGGGCGUUGCCGACACCCGGUGGAAUGUAGCAUUCUGCACCCGUUUCUCUUUGUGUUCAACUCCCGUGAUACCAAUGGACUAUCCUCAGUGUAACUGCACACAACAGUGAUAGGCACAGGCAUGUAACCAAGGUGGUGGCCCAGGCGUGAGCGGAGCGCGCCUGUGCGUCCUGGGCGCGGCCAGGCUCCCUCCUGACUUGACAUCAUUCCCUCCUAGUGCCUUACGGAACCAGAGCGCGAGGGUUUCCUUCCACGGUCCUCCAAGCAGCUGGCGGGCGAGUCGGAGCAUCUCAGCACUUUUGUGCUGUUGAAACAUUUUACUCUGGUCUUUCCUCUUUUUGUUUUUAAAUUUUAAUUUAAUCUAAUUUUAGUACCUGUUGUCUGUCUAUGGCUGUUUGCUGGCAGAGGGGUGUCAGGGAGCUGGCAAGGCCGGAGAGCCCCCGGAUGUUGAGAUGUGGGGUGGAUGGUGGGGGUGGACCUGGUGGGCGUGAUGUUUUAGAUGACUUUAUUUGGACAGAGCAGGAGCGACUCCCCACCCCUUGCAGCCCCCCUCCCCCCCACCCCCCUACACCCCCGUUCUACCUGUAUGGCUGCUCUGCCAUUUGUGGGGCCAGAGGUCCCUCUGUGUCGCAGGAACGCUGGCCUUGCAAGUGGCUGACUCCUUCCUGGUGUGGAAAGGACAGAGGAGAGGAGGCCGCCAGCCGCCUGCCGCCUCCAGGCCAGCACACUUCCUGCCGCCUCUGUGGGCCGGAGCGCAGGCCUGGUCCCCAGCCGGGUGCUCUCGCCUCCCCCCAGGCCUCACUGUCGCACCACCCCUCUCCUCGGGACCCUUCCCUCUGCAGACAACCACCAGCCUGUGCUCACUGCGGUCUCUCCCUCAUUACCUGGGCCUGCCCACGGCACCACUUGGCUUUGGUUUUUGAGGGUCUGGUGGGCAGAAGGCAGGGGGACAUUUGUUGGGGUGACCAGGAGGCCUUCGGCCACCCCUUGGAGGCCCCUCCCGCCGCCAGUUAGGUUUCCAAAGAAAUUGCCCUUUGCCCUCUUUGCACCUUUGAUACAUUCUGGACGUUUCUCAGGCUUGAACUGCUGGAGGCAGGUGGGGUCUCUGUUCACAGCAACUCACACUCAUGAAGGUUAGGCGACUGUGUGGUCAUAGUAAGGCUUUAAAGGGAGGCCCUAAACACAGGCUCUCCACGCUGAGUCCUUAACUGAGCCCAACGCCGCGUUCCCAAGGUGCAGAGAGGCCGCUCCGUCCUCGUCCUCGUCCCUCCUCGUCCUAGUCCCCUUCCCUCCCUCCCUCCCUCCCUCCCUCCACAGUCUCCCUUAAAGAUCUGCUGUGAAAGGUGUUUUUAUAGUGACAUCCGACCUAAUUCAGUGAGGAAGCCAAACCUUUACCUUAGCUCUUAGCUGUGAAAUGUGAACUAACUCUGGAAAUUUCCCCUCCGGACCACAAGUCCUACUUACCUUACAAAGAGGUCCCAUUUAUCAAGGCCUUAGGCCGGAAGGAAGGAAGGAUGCUAUGACUUUGGAGGGCGGACAGCCCCAGGGCCCAGCAGGAUCCAUAGUCUGUCUGAUGUUCUGAUGUGGGGAGUGCGUCCUUCUGAGACGACUGGAGACGGCCAGUCAGUGGGAGUAGUGGGGGCCAGGGGGGGGGGGUGUUGAAGUUGGAGGCCACACCAGCCUGGAAGGCCCGACUCCGGCACAGAUGGCAGCGGCGCCCCACCAGGUCUCGAGCCCAGUUACCCGUCUGGGCUGCGCGUGGCCUUACUGUAGCAUCCUGGGCCUCGCCCAGUGCGCGCCCAGCCCUCGCGCCCUCUGACCUUUCCGGAAAAGACAACCAGCCUUCCGUUUGAAGCAGAUGACUCUGUCUACCACGUCAACUUUCACCUGACACUUCUUUCCUUUUCUUCCAGACCAGGAAUGAAAGGUCCAUGCUGCUCAUAAAGAUAAUAUUAUUGUACUAAUUAUUUUGAUUAUUAUCAGUGUAAUUAUUAUCAUUAUCAUUGUGUGGAUAUUUUAGUUGGUGUUUGAAAUGCACACUUAUUCCAUGUAUCUUUGUGUUUUCUCUUUAAUAUUUAAACUUAUUUGAUUAUAUCUGUGAGUAUCUGAGUAGACAGGAAGGACAUGCAGGUGUCCAGUUUUGUCAGACAAAGGAAUUGGGUGAACUGUUUGCCAUCUCUUCCACUGAGAGCUGUCAAGGAAAGAUCCCCGCAGAACCAGAGAGAAGAGUCAGGCCUUUCCUCUGCGCAGCCUGGGCGCUGACCACACCGGCCGCGCGUGCUGAGCCCUGAGCGUGGGCCUCCGCCAGGCCCUGCGCUUCUGAACCCGGCUGCCCAGAUCCUGGCCUGCUCAUACCCGCCAUGUACCUGUCCCGCCAAAAGCGCCCCCUGCCGGAGCUGAUGCAGCCCCUCCCAGGGUGGCUCAGAGACCACUGUUCCCCUCCCCCCUCCCCCCUCCCCCCACGCUGCCCACUUCCUCAGUCUGGCCCUGCCCCCAGGACAUCUCAGCUUGCAAUCCUAAGAACAAACUAGUGAGCCAAAAAGGGUGGAGGGAUGCUAGGAGGCCAGAGGACACUGACACACCCAGCAGCUGCGCACACUGCAGCCAGGGUGAGAUCAUUGGCCCACAGUGCCCUGAUUUUUCCAUCAGCAAGGUGUACACACACUGCCCACAGACCCAGAAACUUCAGCCCCGGAUGAAGAAAGGGUUGAAAUGCCAGCUUCCCUGAAAGGGCGGGGGGGGGGGGGGCAGCUGGGAGAUGGGCAGGACCCAAUCCCGCAGACAGUCAGCAAAUGUUAGCCCGCUCCCCUAGUCCCCGCCUGCCUUCCUCCUUCAGCCCCCAGCACAGCUGUGGGAUCAGAAACCCCCAGUGGGAGGCGCCAACCUCUGCAUGUGCUCCUUGGCACUUGCCCGCAUCUCCCAUCCCGUCCUCCAACUGAGUCGCCCUAGCAAGUGGGAUGAGCAAAAGGCUGCCCAUCCCUAGGACCAAGCUCUCAAGCAGAGGGCUGUCAACUUAGUCCUACUUAGACCUCAAGUACCAUAACCUAGAGCAUCAUCUGUUCAAUAAUUGGCUUCAUCCUUCUUUGCUGAGGAAACGUCGUAAGAGUGAGAGGGGAAAUGCAAAAAGACAGGCAAGGGAGACUGCCGUGGGAGCCAGGGAGCCGCACGCUCCCGCACUGGGCCUCGCCGGCCCUCCGGGAUGUUUGCACCCGUGUCUCUGCGCUUAGGGCCUCUUUCGUGAUGAUUGGGCUGUUUCCAAGGGAAGGGUGAGCAGGCCGAUGGGUGGGAGAGUCUGAGGCUUGAUGCCAAUUACUUUUGUGAAAGAGCAUGGGGUUGAUCGAUUCAGAGGGACAAGGAGGGUGGGGCCAGCCGGCGGUGGUCUCUCGGACCGGAUUUGCAUCCAGGCCUUCCUGGCGCUGAGUGGCUUGCAGGCCGUGGGAGCCAGCUGGCAGCCCCUUCACCCCGGGAGGCAACCCGCCCAGACACCGGGCUGCUGGGUGUGCGGAGGGAAGGCGAGGUCGGCGCAGCUGCUAACGGCUGCUUUCCCUCGACCAGGCCUGUAGAAUCGCAGACACUCGGUUUUGAACAAGCUUGUGGUGGAGGAUUGGGGUGUGAGAGUGAGUGAGUGAGUGAGUGGAGCAGACUUUCUUGGAAACUGGAGGAAGGAGAUGAGGAGGCUUGAGGAGCUAUUACUGAUGGGCUGUGGGGGGUGAAACUCCGUGUCCACGGGCUGACCCAGCUUUCGUCCGGACUCUGUCUGGUGCUGGGGGCAGGGCAGGAUGUGGGGCUCUGGGACAGAAAACAGGAGAAAAAACCAGGUAGCAGAGAGGCGAGGUUUCCUGCCGCGGCCUUGCCGGGACCUCACAGCGCCAGCAUAAGAGCUUUGCCACAAAGCAUUCCCGCCCUGGGGACUUGGCGUGUUCCUCGUCCACCCGGUCUGUCUUUUCUCUCUGGUGUAUCGUACAGACUUCAUGGGGAACCCUCAAAAGGAAGCAGGCCAGAGUUGUCCUUACCAAAUUGGAAAGGAAGGUGUAACUGUUCCUUUCUUUAGCCAAAGAACCCUUCCCGGAGACACCUCCAAACACGGACAGCAUGAUGGCAUUCCUGUCUUUCCUCUCGGGGCAAUAAUGACAUCGUUCGUGAUGCAAUUCCAUUUGUCUUUCUCUUUCCUCUGUAUCCUGACUUUCUGUUGUUACAUUGAUUUCAAAGCUGUACUCACCUUUUCAGAGAAGUAGAUCAGUAACCCUAACGCUGCUGCUACUGGGGGGCUGGAGACACCACGUGACUGUGUGAGCUUAACUGGCCUCGUGUCACCAGGGGUCCGACCGGGCAGGAAGUUCAGCUGCGUUUGGGGGUUGGAUGCGCAGGAGCCGGGCUCUGAUGCCUUUGGACUCUCACUUCUAAUCUCCACAGACUAGUCCGUAAAAUCUCAGCCCGGCUACUAGAGAACUGAAGAUGGUGAAAUGACUUAAAUGCAACAGAGGCUUUCAAAGACCAUUGGCACCUCGCUCACUAGCAUCACCCCACCUGGCAGAGGCUUCUCACCUCAUUCCUGCAGCUCCAGGCCAGCUCUUCCCUUCAGACCCAGUUGACGCAGAAGGGACCCUCCGUAGGGCAUGCUCUCAGAAUACCUGCCCCAGAGGGACCCUCCUAGGUGCCCCCAACUCAGCUCCCACAAGCCUCCGAGAGCCCCUAAUCUCAAGAAUAUUAGAUUGACUCUCUCAUUUCUUCUCAAAACCUGCAAUGUCCCUCAGCUAACAGCCAGCAUUUGUUGAAUGCCUUCAGCACUCCAGGCCCCAGGCAAGCCCUGUGAGGGUGACCUCAUGGCCCCAUCAGAGCCACCCCAUGUACGACGCCCCCUUUACUGAUGGGGGGUGGUGAGGAAGCUGCUGUUCUAACAAAGAAAGAGUAGCAUGUGCUAACAAAAAUAAAAUAAAAUAGUGGUCUGAAAUUGCCACAUUUCUAGUGAAAUUUUAGCUAAGGAGGCCUUAGCUGAGAUAGGAUUUUUAAUUAACAGCCUCAUAUUUCUGACCAUUUAAUGGUACUCCCAUCGAUUGUGUGCCAAACACUGUGCUAAACACGGCUCAUCCGUGAGCUUGUUUAACCUGGUCUUCAGAAUAACGAUGAAAUCAGCAAUAGGCAUCCGUUACAGAGGAGGCAGCUGCCAGGGUCACCCGGCUGGGAGGGAGCGGGCCUUGGACCCAGGUCUCAGCGCCGGCCUCGGUGUCUCCCAUGUUUAAAUGCAAAGGAAGGCCUUGGGACGUCCCGCGCUGUGGCUCACUGCAUGGGCCGCGGCAGCAGGUCUGCGCGGAGAGGAGAGGGCGUCCGCGUGGGAGGCGAGCAGAGGGGCGGCGGUAGCUUGGCUUCGGAGAGAAUCGUAGGGGUGUUCCUUUUGAUUCGGAAUAGGAUUUGUUUCAGGUCCCUUUCCAGUGUGCCAACUGGUCUAGUACUGCUGCUGCCACAAACUCCUGAGAGAAAAGGAAAAAAAAUUUCUUCUUUAAAAAAAACAUUUUUUUUCUUGCUUAUAGUUAAUUCUAGAAAGGCAAUACUAAAGCUAUAUAUAUUUUUUUCCAACGUGCUAUUUUUGACUGCACUGAUAAACAUCAUGACAAGUCUGGUCUCGUAACCGCCCCACUCUUCAGCUCUGGGUAGAACCAGGGACGGGGCUCACACCGAGUUUGUAAAUAAUGUGCGGGUCUGGUGUCCAGGAACGUUUUCCUUUGUUUAAAAAAAAAAUAGAAGAAGGAGAAGAUUUUUAGAAAGAGGAUCAAAAUAAGGUUUUGUUUCGAGGCAGCCUUCUCGAAGCAGCGGGCGGGCGCAGUGGUGUGUGAACGGAGGGAAACUACAGGGGGGGAGAGUCUCUUGCCGCGGUCCGAGAUUGGUAGCAACACAGAGCGUGUUUAUUUUGGCUGAAAGGUGACAAGAAUUUCAAAGUACUUUGGGACUCAAUUUUUAAUUUUUUAGAAAAUUCUUAUUUCUUAUGAAACAUCUCCUCAGUUGUUUUGGGUGGGCGUUUUUUGUUUUGUUUCUUUUUUAUUUUAAAAAUGUCUUUAUUGACUGGCUCCAGGCUUGUCGGCCUAAACUCUUGGGUAGUUGACACAAGUUCUGGAGUCCUCUAGAACUUGAACUCCAUUGGAAGCAAACCCAACUCAUUGGCAUUCAAUCCUGGUUGGUUUCGGUAGGCGUGCUGGAAUUCUGACGGAGCACCGAAAGGUUUUUCUAAAGAAGGUUUUAGAUACAUUAUCUUACACUAACUGUGACCUAAUGGCAAUAAUACCUCAACUGUGGGCAUUCAUCCUGGUUUUAGCCUCUUUUGAAGUCAUGUAGCUGGUCUGCUCUUGGGAUUUAGAAGACUGUGAACUCUGUGGGCUUGAGUGAAUUCCGAAAAUAGCUGACCUUCACGACGAAAAUUAAACCGAGGGAGAGCUGAUUCUCUGUCUGUUGUAAUCAAAUGUGAUGUUCAAAUGCACAUGUUAAGUCUCUAUGUUCUUAGCUACUGUAAAACGCUGUUAGCCUUCUAAGACAGCGAGAGAGUCACAUUUUAAAUGCGUACACUAAAUAAUUGACCGUGGAUGCUGAAGCAUAUUUCUGGCUACAUUUUAUAGUUAAAGUGUUUUAUAGUUUACAUUUAAACUGGUACUUUAAAAAAACACACACACAAAAAAACACUUCUGUUUAUAACUGACAUCUUCAGACCCCAGCAAGCGGCCCCUCCAGCUGGGAGCCGCGCCCCCAAGGCAGGUGUCCCACCCAUGCUGUUGUGUUGUGUAGCACUGCCCUCCAUGUUACGGUUUCCAUGGGAACGAGAGAGAAUGUGAAGGGGUUUCCAGGUUAGGUCCACAGCCUGGGCCAGAGGCGAAGACCUCGUGCCAUGUUACAUCAACCCUUCAAGGCCCUGACAUCUUAGAAGAGGCAGAGAAACAGCUACCUGGUUUGUUGACUUUGUCUUGAUUUGAAUGUUUAACUUAUUAACUUAUUAAUGAUCCACUGACCUCCAGUCACUAGGCAGUAGGAGACACUGGGAUCCAGGGAGCCCGGAAGUGCAGCUGCUGGGCUUUCAGGGGAGGCCAUCCAUCCCUACGCCUAUACUCAUUGCCUAGGUUGGCCAUAUCUGCUGUCAGCGAGUCCUUUUCUCCGUUGACACAAAAUAAAUGCAAAAGGAUGUGUUGACUCUGUUAAACGUGGAUUUGAGGCCUAGGUCAGUGGGAGGGGGGCCUGGAUCCUUCCUAGAGAUUGUGAGUCUGCUGAGCAGGAGGUGCUGGGGACUGAGGGGCCCCUGAGGCCCAUUGAAGGAGAGGUCAGACCUGAAGGUGAGAGACUUCAGCGCGAGGCCCUGUCCUGCAGGAACAGACCGGCAGCUGUGGGUUCUGUUGAGUGAGGAGGACCUGCUGUGAACUAAAGGGCAUUCCUUUAGCAGAUGAGACCUUGAAAACCGCAGACACCUGGGACCAGGGAGCUGUUUGUGGUGGUGUUUUUAAAAUGCAUUUGCUUUUUCCCUGUGAACUCUGUUGACAGUAUGUUCUUAUUUCAGGCUUUUGUUAGAAAUCUUAUUGUAAAAUAUUUUUCAUCUUGUCCCUUCUAGUUAUACGCCCGCUUUCCUCCGAUUGGUUUCCCCUUUGCUUUAAUUAACCAAAUGAGUUUUAUGUCAUUGUCUUUGGGUGUUAACCAUUUUGUUAAAACUAGAGGUAUAGAAAUUGGCUUUUUUUUUAAGUAACUUCACUGUAUCUGAAAAAGGGCUCUGCCAUUGCUCACUAGUUCCCUUUCAACCAGUCACCACACGAGCCUCUCCCCGCACCGCCUACCCCACUGGUGUCGUGUCACUGUCCCCGUGGCCACCCCGGCCUCUGCCCUGCUGUCACCACAGCCCCACGGCCAGGCACCCGCCUCCCAGGACGCUCUCUCAAGAGCCAGGAAGAAGGGCCCCCUUAGCCUUGUGAGGGGUGGUCUUGCCUCCCUGUGAGUGGCCUGCUUGGUCAAAGGGGCAAUGGACUUAUUAUUAUUUUAAUAGUUUGGCUCAGGUUAUGAGGACUUGGGAAGGAAAAGUGGUUUGACCAUGCCCAUUCUUUGUAGCUUUCUGUCACUGAUGAAUGGAACAUAGUGUCCCCACCCCCACCCCUCCCUUCCCAGCAGGCAUCCCUGUUGGCGAUGCCUCCACAUGGCAUGGUUUCCCUCCCCGCCCCCCACGCGCCUCACUCGUGUUACUGCUCAUUUCUUCGUAGCUUUCCCAGGGCACAAUCAUUUCUCGCCCCAAAGCAACUCCUCAUCCUCUGUGUGCAUCUUCUUAACCAAAUGAAGUAGACCAGGAAGGCAUACUUUGGGGCAUCAGAAUUUCUAGUUUAGUAGAGAAUCACUGUGUAGAUAGAGAGGUUGAUGUGUAUGUUUGUGUGUAUAUGUAUAUAUAUACAUCAAACCAAAUGGCGGGUAGGAGAAGCAUAGCUUUACGGAGGAGGAGGUGGAGGAGGAGGAGCUUUUAGAAGUUUGAGUCAGUCCCAGGCUGCACUUGCCACACCUGGGUUGAGGCGUCACAGCUCGCCACAGUGGAAGCAGGUGGCCCUGAGCGCACCACCGCUCUCUGGGUCCCCAGGGUCAAGGGCGUAGAUGAGGGAGGGAGGGAGGCAACGAAUCAGAAUGACUGGAAUUUUCCAUCUCGAUUUGCUUUGACCACAUGUAUUGAGCUGCCGUCUCUGGUAUUAUAUCACGUUUCCAAAAAUGGUAUCCAUUAGGGUAGAAAGAGAACGGAUCUGUAGAAAUGUUUACCUUUCAACUGCCCGUGAAUUUAGGACACUCUGAAUGGAAGGCUCACGCCCCAGAAUAAGAACAGGGAAGAGGAGACCAGGUGACGCUGGGUCACCAGUCCAAGCGACGUGGCUCCCUCCCCAAGGUCAUCUCGUCCAGAUCUUUCUCUUCCAGGUCAUCUCAGCUCAAUAACCCUAUGGAAGCCCUGGUCUGUUGUGUUCCUUCACUGUACUGUUUCUGUAAUAAAAAGUGUUAAUCCACGUUAAUCUUUGUGAAAAUUAUUGCGUGCAACAGUAUUUUCUCGUGUACCUCCUUUUCCUACGUGAAUUGUCCCGCUUUUCUUUUUUAUUUAUAAAUGUCUACUUUUUUUAAAGACAAACCAAUGUGUCGUAGACCUCUAUGUAACCUACUCCUUAGUCUCAUAUUAUAGGUAUGUUAUAAGAAUGGAUAUUUUACUUGGCUUUAGAAUGUUUUACAAGAAAAAUAAUUCUUAUCUGAUCAAGUCCUUGCUACUAAAAUGCUUGUGUUUUUCAUCAUGACGUCGUGUGCUUCUAAAUUAAUAAUCAUUUUCGUUGUAGAAAAAUGGAGUGAAUUUAUAUUAGUCUUGGAAACUAAUAAUAGCAUUGUAAAUUUAUGAGAUGAUUUUAACAGAAAAAAAUUAUAGAAGAAUAUAGUUAUUUUAAUUGUAAUAUUACUAACUGUAGGGUGAGAAGGGGGUCCCGUGUGGUGAACUAUGUUAUAGCUUGUUACUCACAGUUUCUUUUUGAUCAUUUUUUCGGUCUCUGAGGUGAAACGAGUUAUUAAUUAAAAUUUGUAAACUCACAUAUGCAUAUUGUAUAUGUGUAGCGAUGUAAUCACACUUUGUCUUGGAAUUACAUUAAACUGUUUGGAAUCACUGUC